CAACAAUGCCUGUCGAAUUCGACGUCGGCCCAGAAAUCAUGCUCAGUCAUCGAUAUCGCCUGUCUCUGUUCGCGUUCAACUUACGUCGCUUCGUUGUCGUGCUGCCUGUACACCGAAUGCAACGCAUCUGAGCAAGCAAUCGCGAUUCAGUUCAACAAAGAAGAAUGCGCCAACGUCAACGAGACGGCACCAGACUUUGUGGGAUGCUCACCCGCAGGCUUGUCGAGUGCACUUGCGAGCAUGAGCCUCACAUUCUCUCCCACCCCGUCAUCAUCAGGAACCUCUUCCACGUCCGCGUCGGUCAACCCCAGUAUUAAAACCCUGUCUGGAGACCCGGUUUCGGAAACCGCAGCGAACCCGACCGGAAAACAGAUCACGAUAACGACGUAUAAUGGGGCACCGCUGUUGACGGGGAGCUGCACGGUUCCACACUUUGCGAUCGUCACGGAUCCGAUUGGAAGGGUGACCGAGUUCCCCGAAGUUGGCUGUUCUCCUGACAGGCCGGACUGCUGUCCAUUUCCAGAUGGGCUCAACGGGCUUAUCUCGAGAUGUCCACAAGACUAUUUCACAACUGCUAAUGCCUGUUGUCCACUUGGCUACCAGAUUUAUUAUACCAACAUUGGUUGGGAAACACCGUGCUACUCAGUGCCGGCCACAUCAUAUGUUCCGGCAUCCACUCCUACGGUAGCCAGUCUAACACUCAUCACCGACCACGUCUUCUCUCAGAAGUAUCCACUUUUGAUGCCGGCACAAAAGCCAAGCUUCCCACCCGGAGCAAAGAUCGCAAUCCCUGUUUCCAUCUGGGCGUUCAUCAUGAUAGUAUGCGUGGGUGUCUUCUUUUAUGUGAGGAAGAAGCGCAAGGCGAGGAGGGCGGCGGAAGCAAAUCGGGUGACUACAUUUCCACCUGAAGAACCAGCAAUGCCUCAAAUGUCCAGAUCGAGAGCGGCGACCAUGCACGAGCUGGAUAUCUCAGAGGGGCGAGCGGUAUCUCCCUCGGCUGCCCCGGCCAACGGCUGGCCCAUCUUUACGGCACAGUCGCCGCCAGCCUAUGACCCGUCCAAGGCAGCACCUUCACCCAUCAUCACCAAGCAGCCGCCUAUACCUCAAGAACUUCCAGGAAGCACUUUUAUUCACGAGCAUCACCCUGCAUAUUCGCCCGCCGGUACCUCUGCAGGUACGCCCACAGAAGCCACCGCAGGGUUCACUACAGGGACGCCAGAGGAGCCAAACUCGCCUGUGCUGUCGUCCGCGACAGCGCGAUCGGCCACUCACAGUCCAGUAUUUGUGUCGCCUAUGGGGUCACCGCGCUUAACAAAGACU